AUGAAUGUCAAUAAUGACAUGUACAGGCAGGUAGUUCCGGGUUCAGUAAACCAUUCAAUACAGCUGGUAGAAGAGGAAGAUCCGAUAGGGCCGAAAGAAGAGAUGGAAAAGGAUCCAGAAGAAGAUCCGACAGAGCCAGAUGAACCAAUGGAAGAGGAUCCAGAAGAAAAUCCAGAAUGGGAACCAGAGCAUAAUCUGGUAAUGGAGAUAGAUCCAGAGAAAUCACCUGAGUAUACUCUAGCAGGAUAUCCAGGGGAGGAACUAGAGGUGCUAUCUGAAUACAGGCCUGUAGUACAUGGCAUAGAGGAGGGACCCGAGUAUGAACUAGAGGCAGGUUGGGAGAUAGAGAUAGAGAUAGACCCAGAGGAAGAACCUGAGUAUGGCCCUGGGCCCGAUUAUGAUCCAGCAUAUGAUGGGGAUGACAAUGACGGCCCGAUAUGGCCCUAG